AUGAGCCAGUUGCCCGUCGAGCCGGUUUACGGGCCGACAGACCUGGCCGACACCGAAUACCUGGCGGACAUCGGGCUGCCCGGCGAGUAUCCGUAUCUCCGGGGCGUUCAUCCCGCCGGUUAUCGCUCCAGGCUGUGGACGAUGCGGAUGUUCGCCGGUUUUGGGCAACCCGCUGAAACCAACGAGCGGUUCCGAUUCCUCCUCGACCAGGGGGAAACCGGACUCAGCGUCGCCUUUGACAUGCCAACCCUGUACGGCUACGACCACGACGAUGAGCGCGCACGCGGCGAGUUCGGGAAGUGCGGCGUGGCGGUGUCCUGCCUGGAAGAUAUGCAGACCGUCUUCGACGGCAUUCCGCUGGACCAGGUCACCACUUCGAUGACCAUCAACAGCCCGGCCGCGAUCAUUUGGGCCAUGUACAUUGUCGCCGCGGAACGGCAGGGCGCGUCGAUCGCCUCGCUGGGCGGAACGCUCCAGAACGACAUCCUCAAGGAGUACAUCGCUCAGAACGAAUACAUCUUCCCUCCGCAUCCAUCGAUGCGGCUGGUUGUCGAUACGGUCGAGUUCGCCAAGGACCGGAUGCCCCGUUUCAACCCCAUCAGCAUCAGCGGCUACCAUAUCCGGGAGGCGGGCAGCAACGCCGUGCAGGAACUGGCUUUCACGCUGGCCGACGGGUUCGAAUACGUGCGUCACUGCGUCGAGCGCGGCAUGGCCGUGGACGACUUCGCGCCGCGCCUCAGUUUCUUCUUCAAUGUGCACAACGACUUCUUCGAGGAGAUCGCCAAGUUCCGGUCGGCCCGGCGCAUCUGGGCUCGCGAGAUGAAGGAAACCUUCGGCGCCGAAUCCGAACGUUCCGUUUGGAUGCGGUUCCAUGCCCAGACUUCGGGAGCGUCACUGACCGCGCAGCAGCCCGAGAACAACGUCGUGCGCGUCUCCCUCCAGGCCCUCGCCGCAGUGCUGGGAGGCUGCCAGUCGCUGCAUACCAACAGCAAGGAUGAGGCCUGGGCGUUGCCGUCGGCCGACGCUGCCCUGCAGGCGCUACGCACCCAACAGAUCAUCGCCCACGAGACGGGAGUCACCGACACUGUGGACCCGCUGGGCGGCAGCUAUUUCGUGGAAGCGCUCACCAACCAGGUGGAAGCCCGCGCCUACGAGUAUUUCGAGCAGAUCGACCGUCAGGGCGGCGUGAUACCGGCGCUGGAGUCGGGCUAUUUCCAACGGGAGAUUGCGGAUGCCGCCUACGUCUACCAGCGGGAAGAGGACCGCCGGGAGCGCAUCACCGUGGGCGUGAACGAAUACGUGGACGCCGAAGAAAGCCUGUCGAUACCGAUCCUCAGGGUGGACGAAGCGGGAGAGCAGCGUCACAUUGCCCACCUGGACGAGAUCAAACGCCGGCGCGACAAUCGUGAGGUUGCCUCGCGUCUGCGCGACCUGGAAUCGGCGGCCCGUCGAUCCGGCAGCGACGCCAACCUGAUGUACCCGCUGAUUGAAGCCGUCAAGGCCGACGCAACUCUCGGCGAAAUGAUGGGCGUUUUCCGCGACGUGUUCGGCGAAUACCAACCCACGUGGGGCUUUUAG